ACCGUACCAAGUAGUAUGUGGAAAUAGCAUGUUAGCAUACUAGUAAAAUAGUGUGCACUUUUUUUUUUUUUGCUAGUUCUGGGCUUCUUCCGCACUACAUUUCCCUCAAGCCUUUGCUGCACCACAAGAAUGGACGACAAGUCAUGUGGAUGAAAAUUCAACCGAGCAUCCGGCGAAGGGAAAAGGUCGGAGAAAGAUGCGGGAGGAGGAGGAUGACACCGCCGCCAGUCCGCCGCGGAUUUUCACGGCCAAGUCCGUAGACGUGGCCGAGUGCGAUGGCGUGAAGGAACAGACGCCCAAACUAUGCGGCUACCUGAACAAACUGGAAGGCAAAGGGCCUCUGAAGGGAUUCAAAACGCGAUGGUUCAUCUACGACCCGAGGAAGUGUUACUUGUAUUACUUUAAGACGCCUCAGGACGCUGUUCCUCUGGGCCACAUCGAAAUCUCUGACGCCUGUUUUACCUACGAAGUGGAAGGAGAAGAGGGUCAGUUCGAGAUCCGCACCGCGGCCAGAGAGUUCCUUCUUAAGGCGCCCAGCAGGCAGGUGAUGCAAUACUGGCUUCAGCAGCUUCAGCAGAAGCGAUGGGAGUUCAGUAACACGCGAAGAUGUGGCAACCGAGACAGCUUGUGCUCCCCCACCUCUCUUUUUCCUCACACAGGCCUGGUGGCCAAAGAUGCUGAUGCAGUGUCUCCUGAGCUGCGUAAUGAAACGAUGGAGAGCGUGCGCAGUGAUUUCACGGAGGAGGCAGACGCAAAUGGCUUGGUUGGACUCCAGACUGCAAGGAACCCAACACACAAUUUUUCCCUUCGACAUUGGAGUACUGAGCUGAGGAACAGUAUGUCCCACUUGCGGCAAAGCCGAGGGGGAGAGGGCAGGCGCAGUGUGUUUUAUACAGCCAGCAAUGAGGAAUGGGAGAUGGUGGAUCCCCCCACUAAGGACACUCCAGAACACAAACCUCCAGCUGAGAGUCAGCGCCGUGAGAACCCUUCACUCCUCCACAGACAUUCCAUCGGCUCAGCGUUCACGUUUGAUUUCCGGAACCCAUCACGCAAUAAGCGUCUGUUCCAGAUGAGCUUGGCUAAAUCAGGCCGCAGUGCAGAGACGUCACCGGUGGAAUAUAACGGCAGUAAAGCUGAGGAGCUGCAACUACGUCUGCAGAGCCAACAGGAGGAGCUGAGCCGCAUGCACGAGGAACAGAACCACCUACACGAGGAGCUCAGCAGUCAGAAGGAGCUAGUGCGUCUCCUUCAGCAGACUCUGAGGACUGCUCAGUGUGAGCGCUGGUCAGGGGAGAUGGACAUGGCUGGGGCAUUGACCGAACGAGAUGGCCAGAUCCAGACCCUGUGUGGUCACAUGGAGAGAUUGGCACUGGAAAAAGAGAGCCUGCAGCAGGAGCUGAAGAGCCUGAAGAUCAAAGUGGGAGAAAUUAAUGAUCAGUUGGGCAUGCUGAUGGAGACCAUCCAGGCCAAAGACGAGGUGAUCAUGAAGCUGUCACAGCAGAGACAGGAAGGCAGCGCGGAGACAAACGAGUGCAGCUCUCCUUCAGCGCAGGAAAAGCAAGAGCUCCACCACCUGAGGGACAGCCUUCAGGGCUACAAAUCCCAGAACAAUUUCCUGAACAAAGAAAUCCUUGAAUUGACAGUGUUGCGAAGGAAUGCUGAAACUAGAGAGAAGGUCCUAGAGGCAAAGUACACUGCUCUGGAGGCCAAGCUGUGCCAGGUGGAGAGUAAGUACCUGGUGCUCCUGCAGGAGGUAAAGACUCCGGUGUGCUCCGCAUCCGAACAGAGCCCAAGUGGAGAGGUCAUAUCUCGACUGCUGGAGGAUGCUCUGCAGGUGGAGAGCUCUGACCAGCAGGAGCACAUGAUUCUCAAGCCCCAUCCUGUCAGUGAGUAUGAUGUAUAUGGCUUCAAAACUGUUCCAGAGGAGGAUGAUGAGGAAGAGAAGCUGGUCGCCAGAGUUAGAGCUCUAGAGCUCAGGUCUCUCUCUCUGACUGACCAGGAAGUGUCUGUUGGGGUGAAGUGGGAAAACUACCUGGCUGGUAUCAUGAACAGGGAGAUGGUGCGUUCUCCAGAGCUGAAGGCUUUAAUCCGCAGCGGUGUGCCUCAUGUGCAUCGUUCCAAAGUCUGGAGCUGGUGUGUUAACUUCCAUGUGAAGAAGAUCCGUGAGUGCCAGAAGCCAGACUACUAUGAGAGCUUGUUGUGCACAGCAAGAGUCAAACCUAACCCAGCUUCUAAACAGAUAGAGUUGGACUUGCUGCGCACGCUGCCCAAUAACAAGCACUAUGCUUCACCUUCAGCUGAUGGCAUCCAGAAACUCAGAAACGUGCUGCUGGCUUUCGCCUGGAGGAACCCAGACAUUGGUUACUGUCAGGGACUCAACAGACUAGCUGCCAUAGCUCUUCUUUAUCUGGAGCAGGAAGAGGCUUUCUGGUGUCUCAUCACCAUUGUGGAAGUUUUCAUGCCACGAGACUAUUACACCAAGACACUUCUCGGCUCACAGGUGGACCAGCGUGUGUUUAAAGACCUGAUGAAUGAGAAGCUGCCGAGACUUCAUGCUCAUUUUGAACAGUAUAAAGUGGACUUCUCUCUCAUCACCUUCAACUGGUUCCUGGUGGUGUUUGUGGACAGUGUGGUCAGUGACAUCCUCUUCAAGAUAUGGGAUGCUUUUCUCUAUGAGGGACCCAAGAUCAUUUUUCGCUUCGCCCUUGCCCUCUUCAAGUGCAAAGAGGAUGAGUUUUUGAAGUUGCAGGACACCAUGGCCAUCUUUAAGUAUCUUCGAUACUUCACACGGACAAUUCUAGAUGCAAGAAAGCUGAUGAACAUGGCUUUUGUGGACAUAAACCCCUUCCCCUUAAGGCAAAUCAAAAACCGUCGCACCUUUCAUCUCGAGAAGGUUCGACUGGAGCUCACGGAGCUGGAAGCCAUUCGUCAGACAUUCUUACGUGAGAGAGAGACCUCCCAAGAUGGACGCACGCUUAUCAGUGAUGAUGAAGAGGACAACUGAAUCCCUGCCAGUCAGCAACAACAUGCACAUCUGUGCGAGACAAUGAUGUAUCUUGGGCCCCCCCCCCCCCAGUGAAAUAGUAGUCUCUUCACUUGAUUGCAUUGCGGUCCACAUGAAGCAGCCAUUUAAGUUUAGCAGUAUCUUUCCAUCCUUUUCAAGAGUUGUUAGUGCUGGUUGAUGUUUUGAUAUCAUGUUUGUUGUUUUUUUGUUUUGUUUUUUUUUACUUACAGAUCGCCAUGAACAAGCCACAUGUUGAUAAGUGAGUUAGUAUUUACUGGGCAAAGGUUUAACUUCAGAGAAGUUUUACUUUCAUACAUCACACUGGACAUGCAGUUCAGAUACACCAGUGUUAUCGCGAUCAAAUCUUUAUAGUUCACACUUGCGUUUAUUGAUUCAGUGUUGAUUGUCACUUGUUUACUUCUUUAUAUAAUUGCUCAUAUUUAGCACUGUGUAUUAUUUUCUGUUUUUCAUGUUCUUUCAUUCAUUCAUCGCCAGUAACUUUUAUCCUGGUCAGUGUUGUUGUGGAUUCAGAUCCUAUCCUGGGAACAUGGGGCAUGACACGGGAAUAUACCCUGGAUAGACUGUAUCACAGGCCAACACACACAGUAGCCAGGUAACAUGUUUUUCGGAGCUGGAGAUCUUGGGAAAAACCCACAGGAACACGGGGAGAACAUGCAAACAGAUAUUAACCUAACCUCACAAUUGAACCUCAGACUCCAGAUCUGUAAGGUGUCACCAUGCCAUCCAUUACUCUUAUUGUGCUUGUGAAAUUCAAUAUUUCGGAUGUUGAUUGUCGUAAAUUUUGUUGGUACGUCUAUUGCUGUUUUCAUUUCCUUAUGAAGCACUUCAUCACUUUAAAUUUUGGACAUUCAACUAGUUCAGGGAAGCUGAAGAUGCUAUAGGCUGAACCGAAAAGUAGCGAGUUCUCUCCUGUGUGGGUAUGAAGUAUCUGCAGAAACUCAGUGAAAAUUCCUGUCUACAGUCAUGUGAUGACACUUAGCUGCUGGAAAACAAUCUUUAGACAAUGCAUAUCAUUUAGUCUGUCAGAGCCAUGCUGCUUAUUUUCUGCUUGAGUGACAUUUCGUUGUUAGCAAUUAGAUGGAUUUGGACCAGUUUGAAUCUUCAGCUGUUUGUGUUGUGUAUUGUUCAACUGCCUAGUGGAGCUUUAGUUCAGGACUAUUUUUUGAUAAUUGGCAGUUGUGGCCUUGAAUUAUAAUUCAGCAUUGUGAAUUCAGUUCGAUAAACUUGCAAAUAAUUUCCCAUAAACUUAGGAACAUGACCAACAAGCCUGCAUUUUGGUACCGACUAUGUGAUGCAGUUUACCACCUUCUUCCACAGGGAGCAGCAUUUAGUCUUUUUUUGUUGUUGUUAAUAAUAAUCUUUCACUAUGUGCAGCAUUGGUGCACAUUCCCUUCCUCAUGCACAGUGCCUGUUUUUAGUGUUUCGUUAAAUUUAAAAAUGAAUUUACAUGUUAAGGGCUUAUGUGAUGAGGGACAAUUAAUGUUAGCUUAUUGCCCUUUUAUAAUGCUGGCUUUAAUUUUAAUGUUAUAUUCUCUCUCUCUCUCUCUCUCUCUCUCUCUCUCUCUCUCUCUCUCUCUCUCUCUCCCCCCCCCCCCCUUUUUAUUUUUUUAAAUUGAUUUUAUUUCCAUGUGUGACAUGAUUUUAUCAGGAAUAUUUUAUCUUUAUGUACCAGUGUUUUUCCACAGGUUCUCUUACAGUUUGGAUUUUUAAUACCAGAACCUGAUCAGUACUUAACUCUGUGUAUUUGAUUUCCUGUUGUUCAGGUUUAUAAAAAAAAAAAGAAGAAAAAAGAGAAUUCAAUCAAUUGACUCUUAAUUCAAAGCUGUGAAUUUUCUCAUUGAGAGCUGGUCUCUCAGAAUGCCAUUUAUGUUUUUGGUUUUUUGUAGGAUUUUGAUCAGACCUAAAAUUUCUGUAGCGUACUUAUAAAGAAGUGAUUUCAUCACCGAUAUCCGUAUUCCCUACAUUACAAAGGUUUCACUUUUCAUUAAGGACCUUUUCUGUGCAUUGCCCAUAAUAUUUGGCCAAAAGUAUAACAUUCCUUCUUGUUCUCAUCUUUUUAUGUAUUUUCUAUAUCAAUUACAUGUAGGCCUUGAUUUUAAGCAAAUAUAUUUUGGUAUUAUCUAGCCCAACUUUUUCCACUGCUUUCAUUGAAUAAGCUAGCAUGUCUUAUUUCCAUUGUUAUGGCUCAGCAAUGCAUUGUACUGCUAUGACUGUUUAUUACAUUGCACUGCCACACAUACAUUUAGAAAUCCAUGUAAUGAAUUUAGAUGAAUAAUUUCAUAAUGUAAUCGUUUUUUGUUCUGCUCAAGUGGCCUGAUCAAUAAAUUUC